CCGUUCAAAUACUUAGGACUAUUUCCGUCCUCAUACGAAUCCAAAGGUCUCUUAGGCGAGGAUCGCUGGAUACCGCUUGACAAUGGAGAUGAGAAGGGAUCGCUAGAUGGAUGAGGCGAAAGAGUGUUAUGAAGAGAAUCUUCAGGAACACGAACAGGUAAUUCGUUCUCUUGACUCUGCAAUGGCUUACGUUUAGCGUCGCUGUUACCGCCAGCAGCUGACGACGCGGAAGACUUUUGCAAAGGGGUAGAGGAAGACUGAGGCUCUUUCUUAGGAGUCGGAAUUCUCGAGAAAAACCCAAAAAGAGUCUUUUGUUUUGAUUUUAUUGCCUCAUUUUGCUCAUUUGGUUGUGAUUUUCCCACUCUUCCCUUGCUCAUGAUUCUAGGGUCAGAAGAUGGUUUUGGGCAAGUUGUUUACACCGACCGCGACACAAUCUAAUAAACAAAAACGCGCUCAGAAUAUAUCCCAAGAACAUAUAUACAUGUUUUUACAAUGAAAUCUUGAAAAUCUAACAAAUUUAUUUAUAUAUAUUUUCGGCGCGUUUUCCAUUAUUCUUAGGAUAUUCUUAUGUCGACAUCAAUAUUAUAUGAAGUCAAUUUUCGUGAGAAUCCGUAUUCUCUAGGAUAGCGGCCUUGAAGUACUACUACCACCACCACUUACUACACUAUACCUUGACCAACUUAUAAUAAGGUUAUAGUAACACUGUAAUAUAUAGUAAUAGAAGGAUGGACCAAUAUAGGAACGAUAUAAAGGAUAUUCUUGGUACAGUAAAUCGUCAAACUGUAUCAGCUAAACAAGUUCGACAAUUACUGGAAGAAAAAAAGAAGGUUGAUUUAAGCUCGAACAAAAAAGACUUAAAUGCAUUAAUUUUGCAAUGUUUUGAUGAAACAGCAAGCCCUCAAGGCGGCGACGGCGCAGAAACGAAACCUGCCAAGAAAUCUCGUGGCUCCAAGAGCACCGAGGAAGGUGGUGCCGAAGGCGGUAAGCCAGCCAAGAAGACUAGAAAACGUAAAGGUGCUGAGGAAGGCGAAGAAGGUCAGAAGAAGAAGCGCAAUGUGGAUCCUGCCAAUAACCCUUUGAACAAGCCCAUGCAAUUGGACCCCAAACUUGCCGAGUUUCUUGGUGUUGAACAGAUGUCUCGUCCUCAAACCGUCAAAAAACUUUGGGAGUACAUUAAAGCCAACAAUCUCCAGGACCCCAAUGACAAGCGUACCAUUUUGUGUGACGAUAAGAUGAAGCAUGUCUUUGCUGUAGACAGUCUUCACAUGUUCACUAUGAACAAGUACUUGACCUCGUUAAUGACCAAGAUUCCUGACGACAAACUACCUAAGCAACCUUCUCCAGCAGAGGCUGCAGGUGAAAAGGCCGAAGAAACUGAAAAGACUGAACACACUGAACAGCCCAAGGAAGAAAGCAAGCCUGAAGCUUCCCCUGAGGAGGAAGAAGAAAAGGACGAGUAAAAAGAUGUAAGGGUGAUUUCAUUCUUCUUUUGUAGUUUUACUGUUUAUUCCUUUGUCAGAUAUUCUGGCAAAUAGGACUUUUGGUAAAUCGCAACUCAAAAGUCAUUAUAUUUUGAUUGUUUGAAUUCAAAAGGCCUUCAACCGCAAGACCCGUAUUUCUUUUGUUUUUGUAUCAUACUCUGAGAUGCUUCUUUUUAUGCCUUAAUAAAAUCGCUAUUUCUAUGAAUAUAUGAGACCUUUUAGUCUUGAACACGCUUUGACUUAUUUAAGCUUUAUUUUUUUGUCAACAUACUUGUAUGCGUUUUGAAUCUUCAAUAAUUGAAUGCUGUUUCAGCAAAUUCUUCAUUAUGAAUUUCAAGUGAUACGUGAAUACUCUCUUUGCUCUUCAUUGCCAGGUCGAUCUAUUUUAGUUUUAUAGGCAGUUGCAGAUUCUGGAGGACGUUUGAUUUGUUUCUAUUAAUAAAGCAAACUGGGUACUUUCAUAGUAAAAUGCAUAGAGAUACGUUCUUACUAGUUGUUGACUAUUGAUUUUCCUAAUUCGCUGCCGCCUUACUUAUUUCGUAUCGAAUAAAGCGAUGGAGACGAUUACCUAGCUUAAAACUUGGUGAGAUCCUUUGCCUUUAGAAGUAUACCGUUUAUUCCAAAUUUUUAAUUUAUUUACGUUUUAGAGUUUUUGGUUAGGAGCAAUUUGACUUUAUGCUGUAUGUUUGUAUAAACAUUUGAUCACUAUGUGAGACGCUUUUCGAAGGGGUUUUCAGCAACCAUAUGUCUUUAAAACAAUUUUUACGUAGAUAAUCUUUCAUUAAUUAGAUAUGUUAUGUUCGCCAAGUUUGAGGAUUUCUAAAUUUACUAAAACC